AUGUAUUAGGCUUAAAGUACUUCACUAAUGUAGCAGCAGUAAUAGGAACGAAGUCAAAAUAAUAGAUAUGGAAAGGGAAAGCAACACAGAUAGGUGCCUAGAAGGCCACAGUCAUCUGCAUUGCACCAAAGCCAGAAUAAAAAUAAUAGUAUGUAGAUCAAGAGUCAAGCUUAUAAUUAAACUAAACUGUAGAAAAAAACUAGUUACAUAUCAAAGUAGUUGUCAAUGAUAUCACAUGGGAAUUGGAAUUAGGAAACAGCACCUUACACGUCUACGAUUCAAAGUAUAUAGAGACCCAGAGUCUCUUAAGAAAAGUUAUUAACAGAACACGACACCUCUGUGAACUAAAAUCAGCAUCUGCAGUCAAUUUAGCAAGGUGCAGUAGACAGCUUCUUCGAUGAUGUGAGUAUUUAGAUAAUCUAGCAUGAUGAUUAUGAUCUUGAUGCUUACGAGGAUAAAUGCAAAAGAGAUAAUCGCAAACUGAGAAAUGAACGCCUACAUAGCAUCGUCAAGCAGAUCGAUGGUUAUCAUAAGCAAAUUGAGUCUUAGAAACAAAUACAGCUAUAGCAGAGGUUUUCAAGACAGAGAUCAAUUAAUAUCACUGAGAAGUAGCUAUAGUCAAGGUUUUCAACUAAGAAUAUCUUGAAGGCUGUAACAAAUAAGCAAAUGUCUCAUAUCUAGGCAGCUUAGAGUCUUGCUUCUCUUAAUGACUCUAUAAUUCAAUAGAAUCCAUUGAUACAGUUAAUAGGAACGAAGGAAGAGGAUGAAAAAAUGAAUGAAGAUUUAACCUAUCCUGAGUUGUUGAAGGACAUCAUGGAGACUUAGAAAAGAUUUGAGGCGUUGAAGGAGCAUAAUGAUGUUUAAGAGAUUGGGGAUUUGUUCAAAAUUACAAAGUAAAACUUAUCCUAGUACUCUGGGUUUAUUAACAAAAUCAAGAAUAACCUGACUAAUCUGAACAAGUUUAUGAUUAAGAAAGAACAGGAGCAUAAUAUCCCACUUUCAAACCUUAAAAGAGACAGCAGCACUAAUAGCCUUAAUCAGGGUUUCAAGGCUCAUCAAAAUAAAAAUCAAGCCAGUCUGAAUCGCAACAACCGAAGCGCCAAUCAGAGUCCUCGAGUUCUCAUCAGAAAGAGCUCUGUGAAGAAAAUUGAUAGGCCUUUCUCAGCUGUCGGGAAUUAUCAGAGUAUGAAUAUUGAUGCUAAAAGGAAGUAGCAUCUACUGGGUAACAACAGCUUGAUGCUCUAGAGAUCUACUACGACUUUUAAAGAAAAGGGCAAGCGAAAAUAGCACAGUGAAUAUGAUAACUCUGAGAGUGAGAUACAGAUGUUUUACAGCAGUAAGAAUGAAUCUUUUGUUAAUCUACCCUCCAAUGUUUCCUUGAAGAUUAAAAAUCAGUUGAUAAACAGAGCGCAGCAGGACUAGAGUAAAUAGUCGAUGCAUGAGUACAAUCUAGUUACUAAGCCGUACAGACAACUUGACAAAGACCAAGUCACCUCUUCGAUCUCUAUAGUUAAAAAUCUCUCUCGUAUAAAUAAUGAAAUCCAACUCUUUAGUCAUAAUUUAGAGCAACAUUGUAAAGAUAACAUUAGGCACAGUUAUAACAAUCUGCAUAACUUUGAUAAUAAAUAAGUAGGUCUUAAUUAGCUAGCUCUCAGAAGAGCUUAGCUCUAACUCUAAAAUCCAGAUAUAAAUCUCAGCCAUCCUAAAGCAAUCAGACAACAGUAAACUCUACAACUUGACCCUACAUAUGUUGAGAUGGAGCAAGCUAAAAACGGCAAAGACUAUCAUGAAGACACUGAUAAGAAAAUGUUCACUCGAGAGUCCAAAUCCUUUGAGUAGUAAAGAUUGUUCAGAAACAGCACUAGGAAAAAUAAGAAUAAAGCUGUUGGCAAUUUAAAUCUACCCUCAGAUUAGGAAUUGGAAAAUGAGGAUAAUAACUAUAGAGAUUCAAUUGAGAUUACUAAUAUAGGCAUUAAUCUAGGUGGAAGUAAAAAUAAAAAUGGUUUAGGGAAUAAAAGAAGGCCAAGUGUUAAAUUUUGA